CUGGCUUGCUUGCUUGCCGAAAAAGUUAUUGAGCCACUCUUGACGAAACACCGUUGACGACAGUGCUCAGUCGCCGUUACCAUCCCCACUCGCCUUCCCUUCCUCCUUUUUCGUUCAUGCUUCUCGGCACCCUACAAACCAUCUCUAACCUCUUGGUUUAUCUACUCUUCAUACCCGUCAUUUUUUCAUAUCAAGAUCGUUCACUGCUACCCAAAGAUCUAGCUUUCGAAGAUUAUUACUGUGUUUGGCUUGGAUUUUGGGACUAUUUACUCUACAUGGAGAUUUUUUUUUGUCCUUUUGCUGAAUACUCUACAUGGAGAUUAAAUUGAGAGAAAACCGUCUACUUAUGGUCAUUUCAGCUAAAUUUCAGAUUACAGUGAAAAAAAAUUUCGUGUAUUUGGUAUUUUGGCUAUAAGAAAUAAUCGCUUUUGGAUAGCAAAGAGUUGCUUAUAAAGCAUGGUUAGUAACUCAAGCAAGACCCAUUUCACGGCUGAUAUGAGCGCCUAUGAGGUGGCGCACAAGCUGGAGGUGGCAUGCGAGCUGGAAGUGGACUUAGAGUCCGAAGAUGCCAGCGGGGUCGAGCAACCUCAGCUCGUCUAUUCUGACUCAAUCAAAGAGAUUGUGAAAUGUCUAAAUGAAAUGCACCUGGAAAUCGCCAAUUUCAACCCCAAGUGUAAGGAAGAUAUAUGGAACAAUCAGGCAAUUUUCUCAUUCCUGAAGGAUUACUUUCAUUGUAGUCUCAGGGCAGUGGACGUCUUCACUGCCCUUGAGAACUGCAUGAAGCGCACACGUGAUAACCAGUUAAUAGUUCAGUUUGCAGUUAAGCAUUUUGAGGAAGAAGUGGAAGAUGGGCUUGAUGGGUUGAAGUAUGUGAAGACGUUACAAGAGUUGAGGAAAUUCAAGGAUGAUGAGAACCCAUUUACCGACGAGUUUUUUCAACUUUUGGGAUCAGUUUAUGUGGAGCAUGAAUCGAUUUCGGAGAAAUUGAAGCCUUGGCAAUCAAAGCUAGACACGAAAUUGAAACUUGUGGAGACAUGGAGGAUAGUGUCCAAUGUCAUUUUUGUUGUUGCAUUUGUGUCUGUGUUAGUUCUCACGGUGGUGGCAGCUGCCAUCAAAGCUCCAGCCUGGGCAACGGCAUUGACGGGUGCAUUGUCUGUUCCAAUGGGCUCUGUGGGAACAUGGUGCAACUCACUUUGGGGGCGGUAUCAGAGUGCGCUGGAAGGAAAAAGGGGAGUAAUCAGAUCAAUGGGAGAAGGCACUGUUACUGCAAAGAAGGACUUGGGUAACAUUGAGGCACUUGCUCGCAGACUGCGGAUUGAGACUGAUUCAAUGCUAGUGAAAGCUGAAUACGCUCUUGGUCAAGAGGAGGCAGUGACGCUUGUGAUAGAUGAGAUCCAGAAGAAACUGGAAAAGUUUAUAAAUAUUGCUCAGAUUCUAACGGCUAAAGCAGAUAGGUGUAGCGGCAUUAGUGUGAGUUGGAGGAAGUUGGUUUUGCAGUCAAUGUUCAGACGUGAGCGUGACUGAGAAAACCUUUGGCAUGUGGUCUGAGAUAACAACUUGUCAUGCUGGUGUUUGUCUGUGUGAGUUUCAUAAAAAAUGCUCAUUUGCCCCUUUGAAUGAUCAAGUUUGGUAGAUAAUUCUUAGUUUUAUGCUUCAGAAUUUCUAAAAGAAAUCUACAAAACAUGAUCGAUUAUUCAGCUCUGAAGUUGACUGCUACUUGGUCAGUUUGAAGGGGCGAUACACUGAAAUGUCAGUAUUAUAUAUAAUUAGGAAGAAAACCUAUAGAUAAUGACACCUUUAAAAUUGCAGUGACCAUCUUUGACAGUUGAAGGGAAACUACAAAGUUUCCAUAGCAGCAAGAGUAAUGCGCGCGUUUGGUGAUUUUCUGAACAGGGUAAAGCAGAAGCAAUCCGACUUGACUGCCAUAAUAGUUUUCCUAGUUGCCCAGCGAUGAUUUCUUCUAUUCUUUUCCCUGCAAUUUGUUUUGGGCUACAGCCAUGCGUCCAUCUCCCGGAGGCAGCUUAGGUGCUUAACAAGGUCAUGUAAUUUCCUCUAUUUUCAGCAUCCAUUUGUGAUAGAUGACGAGAUUUCAACAUCCGCUCUGCUACUUUGCAUCUUUCUAGACUUGAUUGGUACCAAAUAAGGGAUCUCCAUGUAAUUGCAUCUAGAUCCGUCAACAUUGAAAUCUUAUAUGUAUAUGUAUGAAAUCUCGUGUGUGGGGCUAAUGUAGAACGUUAAAGGUAACUUUCUAUUUAUGUGGUAGACAUAAUAAUACCUUUAAAA